CAUAUAGCCAUCACUAAUGCAUGCGAUUGUCAAUUAUUUUUUAUGAAGUUAAGUUUGUUUAAGAUGAAUAUUAACAAGUUAACUGUUGCGACUAGAAUUCCAAUUGGAUGUACAAAGUAUUUCAGUAGCAUUGCGCAAACAGAGCUACCGGCAUCGUUUGUCAGCGAAGAUGAGGAAUAUAAGUCUGUGAGCCGCGAUAAAUCUGGUUUGCGGCAACAACACAAAAAUGUGCUCCUGGAAACAACGCCAUAUAACGAGGCACACUCUUGGAUACAUUUGACGGAAAAGUAUCAGAGGAGUCUAUAUGGUCGAUAUGGCGGCAAGAGUAACGUUAAUCCACAAAUAUGCUUUGGCACAAUUACCGAUCGAAGCGAAACACAAAAGCGCCAAAGUAUUACGCAACCCGAAACUGUUCAACAACUUUUGGAAAAACUUCGGGUCAGCAAGGCCGAGAAGCAAGCAGCAAUUCAGGAACGUGAAAAUGGCAUUCAAAAGAAGCUAGAGAAACUGGAGCAGUGGAAGGCGGACCUAAACGCAAAGGUGGAGAAGCGACGAGCAGAUGCGGCAGCUGCCAUUGAGCGCAAAGAGCGACUGAUUGAAGAAGUGCGUCGGCAUUUCGGAUUCAAGGUGGAUGCACGUGACGAACGUUUCAAGGAAAUGCUCGAGCAGAAGGAGAAGGAGGACAAGCGCAAGCAGAAGGAAGCCAAACGCAAGGUCAAAGAGGAUAAGAUGAUGGCCAAGCUAGUUAAGCAAUCGAGUUAGUCUAAAUGUGAAUAAAUAGCAAUGGUAUGUCUAUUUGUCAAACAAUAUAUUUAUGUCAGCUGACAAUAGUCAUGGCAUUGUUGUUUUUCUUCAUCUUUAUGAAAGUACCAA